AUGAGCUCCAGCGACGAUGACAGCGAGAUCGAUCUGCUCAAGCCUGCACACACAAUCAGGAAAACGAUCCGCAAAGCCCAUGCCGCGCCUCGUGAGAUUGAGAACAGAGUGGUCGCAUACACACGCUGCGUGAUAGUCCCUGCUCUGUCGCUCAAGACCGGACAGGCUCAGCUUCGCGUAAGCCGCGAGAGAUAUGGCUUGGAGCAAAGAUUACAAAAACGAGGUCCGAUACAACAACUGCUGAAACCCGCUAUCGCGGAGAUCCUCAUCGCCGCCUACGAAACAUCGCCCGAAUUGCGGGAAAUCACGCUGAAAGUGUACCCGCCGGUCGAAUAG